GACUAUUUGAGACCAGGGAAAGGCCACAUGCUGUCGCGCACCGGAACCAUGCAGAGCUCCAGGCUGCUCAGCGGGGCGCUUUUCUGCGCGCUGCUGCUGCUCUCCACCUGCUCCAUCGGCGCACAGGAGUUGGACGUGGAGUCCGAGGAGGAGCUGAGCCCCAGAGCCCUGCGGGACUUCUACCCCAAAGGUCCAAACCUGACCAGCGAGAAGCAGCUGCUUGGAGCUCUCCAAGAAGUUCUUGAAAAGCUGCAGGCAAAACGGCUGCCUUCGUGGGAAAAGAAAUUUGGUCAAGUGCCAACGUGUGAUGUUGGAGAACAGUGUGCCGUGAGGAAAGGCGCACGGAUCGGCAAAAUGUGCGACUGUCCCCGGGGAGCUUUCUGCAACUUCUUCCUGCUGAAGUGCUUAUGAGCCUUCUCCGGAACUGAAUGUAGCUUUGGAGGAAGGAAAGGGGAAGAGGAGAGGAGGGAAAAAAUGGAAAAUUCCUGCUUGAUUCCUUUGUAAUUACUCUCAUAUUUUUUAUGAUGCAGCUGAGGAGCAGCUGGAGUGACUGCCCAAUCCUUACUAUCAGGACCUGUAGUAGUUUUAUGAUGAAUAUAUAUUUGGGAAAAAGUAGCUCAAUAUCACAGAAGAAAUAUAUAAUUCUAUGUAAGGAUGUGAAGAAUAUUAUAAGGAACCAUAAAAGCUUCUGUAAAUAUUCAGAUCCAUUUUAUGUCUGUUGGAAAACCACUGAUCCACAAUAAACUCUCCUGAGGACCACCAACACACUGUAAAGUUUAUGCAGCAAUAUUAUGGAAGCAUAUAGUUAUCAUUCAUCUACAAAUCAAGUCUGUCUGAACUAGUUUGUUUCAGAUGAAUGUUUUGUGUACGACUCAUGAUAAUAAAUUGUGAUCAUCUUGUUUUGUAAA